CCAGCACUCACCCUCAGGCCUUAACUGCAGCAGCUCAACCUCCAAACUUGACUGACAUUUCCACCGUUCAAAUCCCACGGAGAAGAAGCAGAGUCCCAUUGAUAGACAGAUAAAGAUACUUCGAUACAGAGAACGAGCUGUUAAGGAUAGUGAAAGAGGGAGAAAAAAAGGCUAAGAAAACAAUGGUAUUCUCGACUCUAAUACCAUCCGCAUCCCAUCUCUACCUGCCUAGAAGAAUGCCCACAAACCUUAAAUCGUCCCCAAUUCGCUGCUCUUCUUCUUCCUCUUCUUUGGUUUCGGCCCAGUUCGAUCUGAAGGGAUACUGGACAACCUUAAUUGGGGAAAUAAACCAGAAGCUGGACGAGGCGAUUCAAGUGCAGUACCCGGAGAAGAUCUACAAGGCCAUGCGGUACUCCGUGCUGGCCAAGGGGGCCAAGCGCGCCCCACCCGUCAUGUGCGUCGCCGCCUGCGAGCUCUUCGGUGGUAACCGCCUCGCCGCAUUUCCCACGGCCUGCGCCCUCGAAAUGGUUCAUGCAGCUUCAUUGAUACACGAUGACCUUCCUUGUAUGGAUGAUGACCCUUCCCGCCGAGGACAGCCCUCAAACCACACAAUCUAUGGUACUGACAUGGCUAUCCUUGCAGGGGAUGCCCUCUUCCCCCUCGGCUUUCGUCACAUUGUCUCCCACACACCUUCUGACCUUGUGCCUGAUGCCCGUCUCCUUCGAGUGAUCGCAGAGAUUGCCCGAGCAGUAGGGUCAACUGGCAUGGCCGCUGGGCAGUUCCUUGACCUCGAGGGUGGGGCCAAUGCUGUUGAGUUUGUGCAAGAAAAGAAGUAUGGGGAAAUGGGUGAGUGCUCAGCAGCAUGUGGAGGGCUACUAGCUGGUGCUGAAGAUGAGGAAAUACAGAGAUUGAAGCGGUAUGGGAAGGCUGUUGGGGUGUUGUAUCAGGUAGUAGAUGAAGUUUUGAAAGAGAAAAUGAAGAACAAGGAGGAAAAGGAAGAGGCAGAGAAGAAGGGGAAGAGUUAUGUGGGAUUAUAUGGGGUUGAGAAGGCAAUGGAGGUGGCAGAGGAGCUAAGGACAAAGGCAAAGAAGGAAUUGGAUGGGUUUGAGAAGUAUGGUGAAAGUGUGGUACCUCUUUAUAGCUUUGUGGAUUAUGCUAUUGAUAGAGGUUUUAGUGUUGGUGAUGCAAGUUAGUGAUGGAAUUCAGGCCGCUGAAUUUGGCUUAGCUGAGGACGCCAAGAUUUCCACCGGUACUCAGUUGUGAAUCAUUGUUGGUAUUUGGCCUCACAGCCUCUGAGUUUCCUUUGUUCCUUUCCUUUUUCUUUUUUUUCCCCUUCCUCACUAUGCAUUAGAGUUGUUUGGAGUCUGGUGACAGCAAAAGUGUAAUGUGGAUGGAUCCAAAUAAAGAAUAAAGGGAUAAAUAACAAGGAAUUCAAGACUG